AUGGAAGAAUGCAGUGAGGACAUAUGUUGGGAGGACCUAGCACGAGAUGCCGUAGGCCUCAUCUUCUGUAAACUCUGGAGCCAGGUGGUUUCAGGGCCCGACUGCUGGCAGGACAUCGACAUUCAGGAGUGGAGCCAGCAGAGCGAGCCUGACCAGAUCACCAGCAUGGUUCAUAUGCGGCUUCCCAACGACUCAGUGUCCGCCUUCAUCGCAGACCAUGCACAAUCUCUCAAGACUGUGGAGAUUCCAAGGAGCGAGAUCAGUGAAUACAUAGUUGAAGAUGUUGCACAAAGGCUGACUAAAGUUACAUUCCUUGAUGUAAGCAGCUGCACCAAGAUUGACGCUCGUGCUCUGGGGGCAUUUGGUAAGAAUUGCCAAUCCCUUGUCAGACUUCGGCGAGUCAUGCACCCCAUGGAUGUCGGAGGGAAGGUGUGCCACAAUGACGAGGCCCGUGCUAUUGCCUACAACAUGCCAAAGCUUCGCCACCUCGAGAUAGGGUACAUGAUCAUCGCGACUACGGCUGUCGUCGAGAUCACCUCCCGGUGCGAAGACCUCAAAUUCGUAGAUCUCCGUGGCUACUGGGACGUUGAUGAUAAGGUUUUGCAAGAGAAGUAUCCUGGGCUGAAAAUAGUCGCCCCCCACGUUGACGACUGCUAUGAGAACGGCCUCUGGGAUGAGUGCUCGGAUGAUGACUCCAUCGACUCAUGGGAAGAGUUCGUGGACGAUGACUACUUUGCCAUCAGGAGUGACGACGAGGCCAUAUGGGACGACAUUCACGCUCUCGAAGUACUAGAAGUUAGCUUCUAUGGCGGUGUAUUUGGCGAAGGCUUCGCUGGUUAUGGCUCGCCGGAAUCUCCAUGA